AGCCUCUCUCCUUCUCACACAAUCUCCAUCUUACCCUAAAAACCACAUUUCUUAACUUCCUCAAUAAAAAAAAGAAAAGCUUCACCCUUUAAUUUUACCCUCAACCCCAAAACAAAAACCCCUUCCUCCACGAGGGCAUACAGAAAUAUCAAAGACCCAAUCUUUCUUUCACUUCCCCAAUCUCUAGAUGACAAUCUAACGAUACAGUUCCUUUUAGAUCGAUUACCAAAUACAAAGGAUCAAUUUUUCUUACAUGAACACUCUGUUGUAAUGGCAGAGGAGAAUCUAGAACUGAGUCUUUUAUGUACAGAGAGCAACGUUGAUGAUGAGGGCAUGAUUGUUGACGAAACUCCGAUUGAAAUUUCGAUUCCUCAGAUGGGUUUUUCUCAAUCGGAGAGUGAGGAGAUUAUCAUGGAGAUGGUGGAGAAGGAGAAGCAGCAUUUGCCAAGUGAUGAUUACAUCAAGAGACUUAGAAGUGGAGAUUUGGAUUUGAAUGUUGGAAGAAGAGAUGCCCUCAAUUGGAUUUGGAAGGCUUGUGAAGUACACCAGUUUGGACCAUUGUGUUUUUGCUUAGCAAUGAACUACUUGGAUCGAUUCUUAUCGGUUCAUGAUUUGCCUAGUGGCAAAGGUUGGAUAUUGCAGUUGUUGGCUGUGGCUUGUUUAUCAUUGGCAGCCAAAAUUGAAGAAACUGAAGUUCCAAUGUUGAUAGAUCUUCAGGUUGGAGAUCCUCAGUUUGUGUUUGAGGCUAAAUCAGUCCAAAGAAUGGAGCUUUUGGUGUUGAACAAAUUGAAAUGGAGAUUGAGAGCAAUAACUCCAUGCUCAUACAUAAGAUAUUUCCUGAGAAAGAUGAGUAAAUGUGAUCAAGAACCAUCCAACACAUUGAUAUCUAGAUCAUUACAAGUGAUAGCCAGCACAACCAAAGGUAUUGACUUUUUGGAGUUUAGACCUUCUGAAGUUGCUGCUGCUGUGGCACUUUCUGUUUCUGGAGAAUUGCAGAGAGUACACUUUGACAACUCUUCCUUCUCUCCUCUUUUCUCACUACUUCAAAAGGUAAAAAACAAUCCACCAAACAUCUCAAACUCAUAAAUCUAUUGUUUUUUAAUACCAAACACACACACACAUAUAAAGCAGCCUUUGGUGGUUCAAUUUCAAGGAAAUGCCAGUUGUGGAGAAGUUUGAACUCAUUAAAGAUGACACAUUUAUGUGUAUAUAUGUGUGUGCACUAACUUAUUCAUUGCAUACACAUAAUAUGUGUAAUUAUAAAUCCAAAAAGUAAAAAAAAAAAAAAAAAAAAAAAGAGAAACCGGUUAAUGGGUCUGAAUCCUUUGACUUCCAAAACUAGUGGAGAGUAGACCAAAGACCACUUUAAAUUAUAUUAUUCUCUAGCUAUGUGUCUUGUGACUCUCUCUGUCACACACACACAUUCACUGCACAGCCUCUAGUCACAUCUAAAACCAAUCUGCCCCCACAAAAACAUGUUUGAUUCUGAUUUGAUCUUGCAAUCCAAAACAUCAGCCUGGUUUCCAUUAGUUGUUUUUCUACACCAGAAAAAGCUGAAGAGAUCUUUGUGUGUUGUGUUUGUGUUUGUGUUCAAGAGACAAAAACAAAAGUGUCAAGCUUUAAACUUUGUGGUUCCUUUUAUUGCAGGAGAGAGUGAAGAAGAUAGGGGAAAUGAUAGAGAGUGAUGGCUCAGACUUAUGUUCACAAACACCCAAUGGGGUUUUAGAAGUAUCGGCUUGUUGUUUCAGCUUUAAGACCCAUGAUUCUUCUUCUUCUUAUACACAUCUUUCUUAAAAAAAAAACUGUUUUUUUCUUACAUUAUUAUAAUCAGUAUGAUGUCUGAUGAGAGGUUGAAAAAAGAGGACAAUAAAUCAAAGCAAAAAUUUUUAAAUAAAUAAAAGUGUAUUAAUUUCAAU